AUGUUGCUCCGUGCUGGAAAACGUAUCAUCAGCUGGUGGACAAAGUCAGUUCUUGGACCCCACCAUGCCACCAGCAAUGUUCAAGAUGGCGCUUCCGCCCAGCCAUCUGGCUACAUUCCUCCAAACAUACCCAGUGCAUUCCGUCCAAUGGCCGCGAAAGACGUCGUCUUCAGCUCCAGCGACACGUACAAGAACGACCCGAUGGAGAGACAACGCAUCAUCAACAAGGUUAUUGCAAAGGCCCUUCCUGCCGCUACACGAGCGGAGGUUAUCAAGACCUGGCAUGUCAGUCGAUCGGACAAGAAAAUACACUGCACCGUCGAUUAUAUCAGUGUUCACGGUCGCCGUUUGGUCCGAGCUCAUGUUUACAAAAGUCCGGCGAAGGCGAAGUAA